ACGGACGGCGCAUGCGCGUUCGCACACACCCGUGCUUGUUCACCUUUAUUUUUGGAAGCGGCUCAAAGAGUGGAAGCGUGGAAGCGGUAAGCGAGCGAGUGAAGCGGCUUAGCCUUAGCGGCGACUGGCCUGUCAUUACUGUGUCACUAGAGUGUCGCGGACUGUUGGCGUGUUCGGAUGUGCGUGUGUAUGCGCAUGACUCCGACCCAUCAUCACGAGCGAUGUCGACGCGAACGACGAUGACGAUAUUCAAGUCGAGGAUUGGCUCGACACCAUUAACGAACGGCAAUGGCAAUCUCGCCGAGACUCAGAAAUCGAUGCCAGCGAGACUCUGGUCGAGCAUUCGCUUGAACGAGUGGACGUUCACUCUGAUGCUCUUUACCUUCUCGCUCACCAUCAUCGUGGGCAAGCUGUACAUGAAUUAUUAUGGAAAGCAUUUGUCAUGGCAAGCCGGCGAUCGAUACUCUUUGCCGUCGGUGGCAUUUACGCAAAUGUAUGAAACAAUACCGAGUAUGUCCGACGUUUUAUCGAAAUUUGAUGCGAAACAAUUGCCAACGAAUAACGAAAGACUCUUGAACGCAGGAGCAACCGCUGAUAUGCUGAUAGCAUUUUACGGCAGAUUUUGGUGGCUAUUGAAAGCAACGAUGAGCGGACUUGUGAUAACAGGUUUCACUUGGUUUAUCCUUUACAAGGACAGCAGUAUACCCGGUGUCAACCCACCAUCUCCUUUCAGUCCUUCCAAGCAGAGGAUACGUGGCGAUUCAAGGAUACAGAUAAAUUAUUUAGUUGGUGCGAUAAAUGGGAUAUUAUUUUUCAUCUACAUGUGUCUUUAAAGCAGGGGAAACAUUGUCGAUUUUGAAAAGAUGGUUCUAUUUUUCUCUUUUUGUCUAUUUAUAUAGUAUUAUUUAUUUAAUUCACUAAUUUGUAUCGUCGGUAGCACUACGUUUAUUUAUGAGUGGUAAACUACUUUUAUAUGUGAAAAAGGCCUACUAAUGACAAAGUCUUAGUAUUUUGUAGCUCUUUUUCUAUUAACAUAUUGCUAUAUUAUGCAACGAUGUCGUAAGUAGCUUUGAGCAAAAAUUAAAAGCGAAAACUAAAGGUUCGCGAAAAUGCACAGGAAUACAUUUUUCUAAAAUGUGAAAAACUUCGAACGAAACCCACUAUUAGCACAUAAAGAAUUUAUUCUGCUUCCAUGUAUAUUAAUAAGCGUUAUUAAUGGCACAAAGUGCAGAAAGUUAUUGAAACCAAGUACUUUGGUUGCGCGGUAUGUAACAACCAAAAACGUUAAAGUACAAAACAGAUUGUUCCAUGCCUUCUUCUCCAAAUUUUACAGGAUAUGUAAAAAUUCUUCCAAAAUUCUGCCAGUACUGAUCUGUAGUUUGUUACAUGCACUAUAGUUUUUCAGUACUGGUAGUUGAUUUUGAAACACAGUCAUAGUUAUCUAUUGCUACUGUUUAAGACUGAUUGAUAAUCUGAAAGGGCAUAUUUAUUGGUACGCUAGAGUAAGUAUUGUAAGGAACAGUUAAUUUAUGUACGUAGAAUAUAUAUAUAUUUUUUGCUUAUAUAAGAAUGUAUAUAAAUAGCAGAAACGUGAGGCUAUGAGUGAUAUUAUAUUUCAUAUUCAACGCGUCAUUCUAAAUGUUAUGAAAAUGAUUGAAGUCUCUCAUUGGCAGCUAAGAAUAUAAGAAGAAAAACAUCUGAAAAUCAUUCGCCUAUAUUUAUACUUGAAUU